UGUUCUUUUCCACAGCAAAGUCAGCUGUGUAGAUAAGCUAAACAAAGAUGGCCGCAAGCGGUAUCGUUCCAAAGUUCAAACUACUUCAAAAUUGUUUCACAGCCAACAAUUUACGCUUUAGAUUAUUUAAUCUAGAGAACAAGAGCAGACUUAUUCAUACGACAUCUUCAUGUCUACGGCCUGCACAUGAUAAAGACUUUGAAAAGGCGAAGGAGCGUCUAAAUAAAUUAAAAGAAGAGCCAGGCAAUGAUGUUAAACUUAAAAUUUAUGGGCUAUUUAAGCAGGCUACACAAGGAAAGUGCAAUGUCCCCAAACCAGGAAUGAUGGACCUUGUUGGCAAGGCCAAGUGGAGUGCCUGGAAUGAACUUGGAAGCAUGAGUCAGGACGAUGCACAAAAAGCUUAUAUUAAUCUUGUGGACCAAUUGGCCAAGGACGAAGGGAGUGAAGCAGUUGAGGAGGUCAAGGGUCCAGGUGUCCAGUAUGAAGGCUUGAAGAUAACCAGAGAGAACAAAAUAUUUCACAUUCAACUUAACAGACCGAAAAAGAAAAAUGCAAUUACAUGGCAGAUGUACAAGGACAUUGGGCUGGCAUUGAAAGAAGCAGCCAAAGAUGAUGCUUACAGUAUAGCAGUUAUAACAGGGGCUGGGGACUUCUAUUGUAGUGGAAAUGACCUGUCUAAUUUUGCAAACGUCACCCCUGACAAAAUUGCUGAGAUGGCUAAUAAAGGAAAAGAAGUUCUUCUUGAGUUUGUAGAUGCAUUUAUUGAGUUCCCUAAACCAAUAAUUGCCCUUGUUAAUGGUCCUGCUGUUGGUAUCAGUGUUACUACUUUGGCCUUGUGUGAUGUAGUUUAUGCUACAGAUUUGGCCACAUUUCACACACCAUUUUCACAACUUGGCCAAUCCCCAGAAGCUUGUUCAUCCUAUACAUUUCCUAAAAUAAUGGGCUAUGCAAAGGCAAGUGAACUGUUGCUGUUUAAUAAAAAAAUCACUGCCUAUGAAGCAAAAGAAAGAAACCUCAUUGCUGACGUUUUUCCGAAUGAUGUUUUCCUAAAGGAGACAACAAGCAGAAUACAAGAAUUUGCUAAAUGUGCACCACAGAGUAUAAGACUUUCCAAGGUUUUAAAUCGCAGCUCUGAGUUACAGUUGCUAAAAAAAGUAAACAAAGAGGAGUGUGAAUUGCUGGAGGAGAGGUGGCAAUCCAAAGAGUGUACAGACGCUAUCUUAGCUUUCUUCACAAGAAAAUCUUAACAAACAGCCUCAUAGACCUCAACUUGACAGGUUUUCUGUGAUAGUCAACUAAUAUUUUAAUAAGGAAGAUAAUAUUUAAACUAAUGUUGCUGAUUUAAAAAUGAGGGCGCAAAAAAUAUAUAUAAAAGCUGCUUUAAGAUGUUAAAAAAACUGUUGUUUGGAAUUAUUUUUCAGUGAACUCUGUUUUAGUGUUUACAUUUAUUACAAGUAAUAAAAAAAAUUUUUCUUGAAGGUUUUCAAGUGCCAUAUUCAUUGUAUAUUUUCUAACAUUUUAUUGUUUUUUUUUAUAUAAAUUGUGAUAUCACAUGUGACAAAAAUGCUAUUACGCACAGAUAUAAAAGUUUAUCCUUAUAGAUUCUUGUAAUAAGUUUUGACAAUGUAAUGGGCUUUCAUUAUUGGAUCUUUGAUUAAACUUAAAUACUGUAACUAUUUGUUUUGUUGAAAAGCUUUUCAUUGUGAAAAAUUGUAUCAGCUAGAAAUUGCCCAUUGACAAAUAGGCUGUAAUGUCCUCUACGUGGGGUGAAAUCAUUGUUUUGUUUAAAAUAAAGAUUUCUAGUCCUG